CAGCAGGGUCCAACCAAGCCUCUCCCCUGACAGGUGAACUGGAGGUGCCAGUGAAGCCAGCACAUCGCCCUCUACCCCUCCUGAUUCACGUGGAGCACGGAAGAGCAAAUAAAAAAUCACAAACAGAGAGAAAGGACAAAACAGAGGACAAAACGGAGGACAGGACAGAGAACGGGACAGAGUAUUUCGGACAGCAGCAGAGAGUAGCUGCAGUAACUGGAGAGAUACACCUGCUCGCAGCUGUUAGAUCUGAGGUUUAAGGAAAGAAGUCCCAAGAGCUUGCUGUUCUUGCUUUUGCUUCCUUGAUAUCAUCGUCUGAGAGUGACAUCAGCUCCCUCUUAUUUUUUCCCUGUGUUCAGGAUAUGAUAGAGUGAUAUUAACGCCAACUGUCAGCCUGUCACGUCAGAGGUUGGCAUCUUUCUAAUUGGUUGUAGAAAUUCAUUUCGUCUGCAAUGGUCUCUGCCAGGCUGUUGGUGCUGUCCCUCUUUAGUGUGUCUCUGGUUGGGUCUCAGCCCACCGAGAGUUCACAACAGGUUUCAAGCCCUCCUGCUCAUCCUGCAGGGGAACCAUCUCUGAGUAUCGAUAACCUGUCCUUCCCCUGGAGCCGUCUUCGCCUACCAAAGUACAUCAUUCCUCUUCACUAUCACCUCCUCCUGCACCCAAACCUCACAAGUCUAAGUUUCACUGGCUCAGUGCAGAUUCAGAUUGAUGUGCAGAACAAUACAAACUGGGUCGUAUUACACAGCAAGGGUCUUCAGAUCUCCAAAGCCACCAUAUUAGACCAGAACCUCGCUCAUCUGUCAGACCAGGUCCUUCCAGUUCUUCAUAACCCUUCCCAUGAGCAGAUAGGCAUUUUUUCUCCCAGAGUGCUCAGCAGUGGGCAGAAGUAUUUCCUGUAUAUUGAGUUUGGAGCAGAACUUGCAGAAGGUUUCUAUGGCUUCUAUAAGAGCACCUACAGAACCAGUACAGGAGAGACCAGAACCUUGGCUUCAACUCACUUUGAGCCUACGAGUGCUCGAAUGGCAUUCCCUUGUUUCGAUGAGCCAAGCUUCAAAGCCAAUUUCUCCGUACGAAUUAGGAGACCUCCCGAGUACAUUUCUCUGUCCAACAUGCCAGUAAUCAAAACAGCUGAAGUCAGCGGUGGCUUGCUUGAGGACCAGUUUGCUCCGAGUGUACAGAUGAGUACUUACCUCGUGGCGUUUGUCAUCUGUGACUUUAAGUCUGUCACUGGAACAACAUCCUCUGGGGUGCAGGUUUCCAUCUAUGCAGCCCCAGAGAAGUGGCAACAAACCCACUAUGCCCUGGAGGUUGCUGUUAAAAUGUUAGACUUCUAUGAGGAGUUUUUCAACAUCCGCUAUCCUUUACCCAAACAAGAUCUGAUAGCCAUUCCAGACUUCCAGUCUGGUGCCAUGGAAAACUGGGGUCUGACCACCUACAGAGAGACCAGUCUUCUCUACGACCCCCUCACAUCCUCUGUUUCUGAUAAACUCUGGGUUACAAUGGUCAUUGGCCAUGAGCUCGCUCAUCAGUGGUUUGGCAACCUGGUGACCAUGGAGUGGUGGAACGAUAUCUGGCUGAAUGAAGGAUUCGCCAGAUACAUGGAGUACAUUUCUGUGGAAGCCACUUACCCAGACCUCAAAGUGGAGGAAUAUCUGCUGCACACCUGCUUUGCAGCUGUGGGUCACGAUUCAUUGAACUCCUCUCGGCCAAUAUCUAGCCCAGCAGAGAACCCCACUCAGAUCAAAGAGAUGUUUGACACAGUCUCGUAUGACAAAGGUGCUUGUGUCCUGCACAUGCUGCGACACUUUCUGACAGAUGAAGUGUUUCAGAGAGGGAUCGUGCGAUACCUCCGCAAGUACAGCUACAAAAAUGCACACAAUCAGGAUCUGUGGGACAGUCUGGCCAACACCUGCUCAGAGGAGGACUUCAUCUCAGGGAAACACUGUUACAGCAGCAGCCAGGCCUCCAAAAAUGCAUACCUGUUUGCUGGGGAACAUUUGAACCUAACAGCCAUGAUGAACACGUGGACUCUGCAGAAAGGGAUCCCUCUGGUAACUGUGACGAGGAAGGGGGCUCGUCUGCUGCUUAGACAGGACAGAUUCCUGAGGACAGUCCUGCCCUCUGACCCUCAGUGGUCCACUUUGCAGAAGGGUUUCCUUUGGCAUAUUCCGCUGACAUAUAAGACAGAUAGUUCCAGCACCAUCCACAGACACCUGAUGACAUCACCUACAGAUAGUAUACAUAUAGGAGAGGAAGCCAGCUGGGUUAAGGUAAACUCUGACAUGACGGGCUAUUACAUGGUUCAUUAUGAGGAUGGUGGCUGGGAUGUGAUGACUAAACUGCUGAGGGAAAACCACACUGCUCUGAGCUACAAAGACAGAACUCAUUUGAUACACAACGCCUUUCAAUUGGUCACCGCUGGUCAUCUGCCGCUCAAUAAAGCCUUAGACUUAAUCGGUUAUCUGCUACUGGAAACGCACACAGUGCCUCUCCUCCAAGGACUGGGAUAUCUAGAAGCUUUUUACCAUCUGGUUGAGAAAAGAGAUGAGUCAGUUUUAACACACAACCUGGGGGCGUACAUCCUGCAAUUUUUCCGUGCCGUCAUUGACCAGCAGACGUGGAGUGACAGCGGCACUGUAUCAGAGCGACGUCUUAGGACUGAGGUCCUCUCACUGGCUUGUCACCUGGAUGACCCUCCCUGUGUGAAGCGGGCACGUCAGCACUUCAGCGACUGGCUCCAGUCCAACGGAACCCUCAACCUGCCCACUGAUGUGGCAGAGACUGUGUAUUCGGUUGGAGCUCAGGAUGACCACGGCUGGGCCUCGCUCUUACACACAUACAAGAUUUCCCUCUCUGAGGCACAUAAGCACAAGAUCCUGUAUGCUUUAACCAGCAGCAAAGACACCAGCAAACUUGAAGGCCUGCUGGAGCUGGGUUUGGAGGGAAAGGUGAUUCGAUCCCAGGAUCUGUCCACUCUAAUACUGAUGGUAGCCAGAAAUCCGAAAGGACAUUACCUUGCAUGGAACUUUGUGAAAAAGAACUGGGACACACUGGUUCAGAAGUUCCAGCUGGGCUCAUUUUGUAUUAGAAAUAUCAUCAUUGGCACCACAAGUCAGUUUUCCUCUCCAGAAGAACUCACUGAGGUGCAGUCAUUCUUUGAGUCCAUCAAAGAACAGGCUUCUCAGCUGAGAGCUACUCAGAUUGCCCUGGACAAUGUACUGAAAAAUGUCCGCUGGGUUCAGAGGAACCUGGAGACGCUGAGAAAAUGGCUGAGUGAGCAGAUGCAGUGAAAGACAGCAGGGACAAAGGUGGUGGUUUUAACAUACCACAGAGGGACUAUCUCACAGUUUUUUUUUUAAUUGUUUUUUUUAUUCAGAAAUGUAUAUGCUUGAAAUCACUGAAGGGUUGACAGACUUGUAAAUACAAAAAUAUGUAAAUUUCAGGGAAUUUGUUCAUUAAAACAAGAAGUAAAAAUUACUGGCAGCUAAGUGGUAAUGGUUUGUAUAAGAAUAAGUUUUGUGUUAUUUUUAGUGUGUGUGAAACAGAGAGAUCCAUUCCAAAGAGGCACACAAACACAGCAUAAAUGGAUUCUUCACUAUCAGGGGCAGAGCCCAUGGGUGUCCAGGGGUGGCAACGGCUACAACAGACAAAAGUCUGACUACUCACUGCAACCAGUGAUGAAGUCAUUAGGGAGCCACACAUGUAAUCAGAAUUCACAUUGAGUUGGGACUAUUAGUUUUUCACUACAGUUGUUCUCACACAAACAGACUUUGACAUCAGCCACACACAAGUAAAAUUUGAGAAGCUGGUAAGAAACAAACAACGAAAAAAGCAAUGUCAGCGUCAGAAGGGGCAAGUCUGCAGAAUUUGAGUAAGAUAGGUCACAUGACAGUAAACCAAAAGAGGAAAUGAGUUAAACAAGUUUGUCAUCUUUAGUAAAUAAAUAAAAACUGGAAAAAUAUAGCUAAGAUUGGACUCUUAUUAAAAGCAAACAGUAUUUAAAUUAUGUUUUAAGGAAUGGAGUUCUUCAGAUUGUCUUCUUCCUGCCCCCCAGUGCACUGCACAGUUGCUGGCUUUAACAUAUUCUUUAUGUGUUACUAAGGCCUGAACAAGAACAAUGAGCAGAAGCCAGUGAUCUAAAGGAGUCAUAUAAUGAAACAGAAGCCUCGUUACACAUUCACAAACAUCAAAAUCAAAACAAAAGGGUUUGAAGUUAAACACGAACAGUUAAAUGAGUACUUACAAAAAUCAAAUUAUUAAACACAACAGUUAAUGCACAGCUAUGCUCCUCAGUAUUCAAAUCAAAUGCACUGACUUGUUUGCUUUAAGCUGUAAUUUUUUUUAUUUAUCAACAACAUAAAAAGAAAUAAACUUUGUAAAUUUUCAAGGGGUUUUUUUUUUUAUUUUUAUUUUUUUACCAGUUUUGGCUAAAAAAAUAACUUAUUAUGUCCUCAUGUGGAAAGAAAACAUUACAGCCAUGUCAUGAAAAAGUAAUUAAAUGAAGACUGUUUUCCCCACAUUUUCACACAUGUGAAAAAGAAUGCACAACAGUGCCACCACAGUGUAAGUAAUAGUUUCACCCUGGCCACAUCUAUACAAAUGGCCAGACUCCAACACGGUUCACUACAUGGACAAUAAAAGAGUUUGUUGUACCUCC